CUUUGUUUUUUCACGUCUAUGUUUCUUCCGGGUAGUCUAAUUAAGAGCCCCGGCGUUAACCUCAGUAGUAAGCGUCAAUGGCUCGUGGACUGUUAGCUCGGUUAGCUCGCUAGUUAGCAAGCAGGAAGCUAACAGGCUACAUUUCCAGUGUGGUAGUCGCUUUGUGUUUAACGCCACCAGACAUGGUGCCUCCAAGCCGGAUUUACUUAACGUAUUAACACAGUUUUACCUUUUUAAAAAACACAUUUUGUUGCUUGCGAUGUAACUUAAUCUCAUAAGUCAGCUUGUUUCAUCUUCAGAGCAGAGAGUGAAAAGAGGUCGGAUGGCUACUUUUUUUUUUUUUUUUUAACACUAGCUCUAUUGAGCAAACAUUAACUUAGCUGCCUUCACUAGCCUCCACCUCUUCAUCAACGUUAGGUAGUUCAGUCACACGGUUGCUGUAUAAGUGGGUAACUUAACGAGAGGUAAAUUAAUGGGUUUAUGUUCAUUUAGUAGCGCCAGGUUUCACUUUCCAUUGGGUUGGUAUUUUGAUCUUUAAUGAUGGAUCAUCCUCUGCUGUCAUAAAGACUCUUGAGAUGCAAAGUUAAAUCUUAACCUUGCAAAAAAACAUCUUAACUUUAGUAGCUUUUCUGAAGCUAUUUAAAAAGAAAAUCAUAUUCCAUUAUCUUGUUCAGUAGAUGGGGUUUGUCAGCUGUUAUGGACAUGCAGAUGUUUAGAUUUACUUCCUUUUUCUUCCACUUGUCAAAAGCAGACUGCCACUUUAACAGCAAGUACCCUGACAAGUUAUUAAAGAAACGUGUAUCCAGUCAGCUCACACUGCGGGACGGGAAAUAAUAUAACUCACAAGUGCUUGAAUACAGUAUGUAUGUUUGAGUACACAGGCUCCCAGGUAGAUCAUUACUUGUGUAGUUCAACACACACACACACACACACACACGCAGAGGUGCUAGUUACAUGACUUGACUUAAGUCUGCAUGAUUGUGUCCCUCACAUUUUGCAUAACUCUGUUACAGCUCAUGUUAACGUGACUGUUUUUUCACAGGUAGAAUUGAAGUAAGCCAAAACCGUAUCUGUUCCCUCUCUAUUUGGUUCUGACCAAGUGGGUAUUGUUCAACAAAUGGAUAAUGGAGACUGGGGCCAUAGGGUAAGAGAUGGAUAGAAGUCAGACUAGAAUAAGAGCAAUGUCAGCUGUUUUUUUUUUUUUUUUUGCUGCUAUAGAAAUGUUGGCUGAUGGCUUAAUGUGAAAGGACCAGUGUGUAGGAUUCAGCGGCAUCUAGCGGUGAAGACGCAGAUUGCAACCGUUUGAAUACAGAUCAGCCCUCCAAGUAUGUAUGUGAAACUUGCGAAAAAUGGGAAAGGCCCUAUCUAGAGCCAGUGUUUGUCUAUUCUGGGCUACUGUAGAAACAUGGCGGUUCAACAUGGCGGCCUCUGUCGAAGAGGACCCAUUCCCUCUUUAGAUAAAAACGUCUCAGUGUAAGAUGACUACUCCUGUUACCUUGAACGUGGGAGGCCACAUGUACACCACCAGUUUAUCCACCCUGCAGCGCUAUCCAGACUCCAUGCUGGGUGCCAUGUUCCGGGGAGAUUUCCCCACCACUCGUGAUUCCCAAGGGAAUUAUUUCAUCGAUCGCGAUGGAACACUUUUCCGGUAUAUCCUGAACUUCCUGCGGACGUCUGAGCUCACGCUCCCCAUGGACUUCACAGAGACAGACCUCCUCCGUAAAGAGGCGGACUUCUACCAGAUUGAACCUUUGAUCCAGUGCCUUAGUGAUCCCAAGCCUCUGUACCCUCCCGACAUCUUCGAGCAGGUCGUGGAGCUCUCUAGCACUCGGAAACUCUCAAAAUAUUCAAACCCAGUCGCCGUCAUCAUCACGCAGCUAACCAUAACUACAAAGGUUCACGGUCUGCUGGAAGGUAUUUCCAACAACUUUACCAAGUGGAACAAACACAUGAUGGACACCAGAGACUGCCAGGUGUCCUUCACCUUCGGACCAUGUGACUACCACCAAGAGGUGUCCCUAAGGGUUCACCUCAUGGACUACAUAAUGAAACAGGGCUUCACCAUCCGCAACACGCGUGUGCAUCACAUGAGUGAGCGUGCUAACGAGAACACGGUGGAGCAUCACUGGACUUUUUGCAGACCAGCUCACAAAGUUGAAGACUGAGGCACAGCACAGUUGUUGUGGAUGACAUUACGGUUUGAUUUGUCUUCAUAAUACACAAAUCAUGAUUUAAAAAAAAUUGACCUCUGUUUCAGUAAUGUAUCACUAAUAAUGAUUUUUACCCCUAAUUUUGAACAAAGUGGUACAGUGCACAAGUCCAGACAGGUAGCAUUAAAUAAAAAAAAAAAAGAGAAUUCUUGAUUUAUUUACCUAUUCAAGUGUUAUCUUAGCAUAACACUUUAUUAUCUGUUCUACAACUAUAUACACAUAUAUAUCUGACCGUUCUUGAACUCUACAAAGCAAAAACAACAUUCCUUAUGAAGCAGAAAGACCCUAUAGCAAUGAUUCUAUCCAUGUAGAGACACUGUUAUACCCUAAUAAUGCUAAAAAUGUGGUUACAUUGAUUUUUAUAGGAUUGUGAUCUCUUUAUUCUGAAGUGAGUAAUAAAAUGAUUGUGAACAGGGAACCAGGUUUUGAAACUAUAUGCCUACAUACAGUAUCAGAUCUACAUCUUAACAUCCAUUAAUGUAAAUUUAGAAAGGAAAAAAAGAGGAGAUUGUAAAAGGUUUGUAGCUCAUACACAAGCUGUCUUUUCCAUAUUUUGGACAAGAGAUACUGAGCAAAGAGCCCAAAUUGUCAGGAGGGUACCCUUUUUUUAAAAUUAUAAUAAAUUAUGAUAUUCUUUAGCCCAAUUUCUUUCUGUGAGUUUACAGUAGAUCUUAAAAUUAGUCUUUUAGCUCUCUAUUAGCUCAUUAUAUGGUACUAUUUCUUAAGACCCUAGUUGUUGUUGCAUGUGUCUGAGUGUCCUGUGUAUGUACAUGUAUCUUCUGUGUGCGCUUUGUAGUAUUAUGUCCUACUGUUACACUUUAGAGCUCAUAUCAACAGUGAUGUGUUUGGUCAUUCCAGCCAAAAUAAACCCAUUUGUGUAUUUGUCAA